AUGUUUCGAAGGGGUUUUCAAUGUGUAGCAAUUAUUUUUGUCCUUCUGAAUAUGGAUAAAGGUACUGAGGCUUUAAACUGUUAUGAAUGUUCUGGACCAGCAGAAAAAGGAAUUGAUUGCGAGGAAAACUUAGAAAAUGUCCCUCACAAGAUGUGCCCGCCAAAUAACACGACUUGCGUUUCUUAUCGUUUCAAACCUCCGUUUGGUCCGUCUAUAAUAUACAGGCAUUGUUCUCUACCAAACACCUGCGAAUUCUUGAGUAAUCAAUCGCUACCGAAUAAUUACCUGGAGCAUUGCCAAGAGUGCUCUUCGGAUUUGUGCAAUUCAUCAGACAACUUGACUGCAUUCCCAGUAAAAAUUGCAUUAUUUUUUAUGUUAACAGUUUCGUUAAUUUACUAG